AUGGUUUCCGAUUACGAGCUCGCCAUUGAACGUAAUAAAGCAGCCAAUCGAGCAUUGUUGGCAUCUUUGGGAAUUGAAAAGCCACUUUUUCAGGCACCCGCUCCCGUUAAAAAGCGCAAGAAGCCCUCUGUCGUUGUCGAGCCCUCUCGCAAGUCAGCACGUAUUUCUGAGGACAAAAAGUCCCCACAUUACGGCUACGCCGAGCUUCCAGAAAGCGACAGCGAUGAUGGAGGCGCUAAGACCCGCCGUAGCAAGCGUGCCAGGACCAAAAAGACUGAAAAGAUCGGCUCUACCAGUACCGACGCGGAUGCUCUAAUCCCCACAUACAUUAAUGAGCGCAACGCUCACAGACUCAACCCAAAACGCUUCCGCCCUGACCCAAAGCAGCAUGGCGAAAUCCCUGGCAUCAAGGUCGGUCACUGGUGGGAAACCCGUAUGCAAUGUAGUGCUGAUGGUGUCCAUGCUCCCCCAGUUUCCGGGAUUAGUGGUUCUGGAAAUGGGUCAGCAUACUCUAUCGCUCUCUCGGGGGGUUACGAAGAUGAUGUUGACGAAGGAUUCCGCUUUACUUUUACUGGUUCUGGUGGUCGUGACCUAUCUGGCACUGCAAAGAACCCUAAAAACUUGCGUACGGCCCCACAGAGUUCCGAUCAGCAGCUUGUUGGUGGUAAUUUGGCAUUGAGCAAUUCUUGCGAGAGCGGUCUUCCUGUUAGGGUCAUUAGAGGGUAUAAGGCUACCUUAGGGCCACCGGAAGGCUAUAGGUACGAUGGCCUAUAUAAAGUUGUUAAAGCAUGGUGCGAUGUGGGAAUGAGCGGCUAUAAGGUCUGGAGAUUUGCCUUCAUGAGAAUUGAUGGCCAGGAGCCUGUGGAUUACAAAGCUGGUAGACCUGAGGAUAAGGAGCAAUAUGAGCUUGAGGGGGCAGACGAAGACGACUCGGAAAAUUCAGCGGAUCCCACAACGCAAGAAACUACCCCUGAAGCUACGAGUGAGAAGGAUGGAGAGGUUUCUGUCAAGAAAGACAUAAAAGCUGAAGCUGCUGUCAAGAAGGACACGGGGGUUGCUAUCAAUAAGGACACGGAAGUUGCUGUCAAGAAAGACACCGUGGCUGCUGACAAGGUCACUGCAGCUGUCACCAAGAAGGGGGCUUCAACAGUCGUCAAGAAGAAGACUACAACAACCGUCAAGAAGGAGACCGCAACAGUCGUCAAGAAAGACGCCAAAGCUGUCGCCAAGAAGGUGAUUGUGGCCGUCGCCAAAGACACUGAGCCUGCCGCCGUUGUCGAUAACAGAAGAAGAAGCGGAAGGAACAAGAACUAG